CUCGAGGGGACAGAGAUCGGACACUCUCUCUCCUGAACCCGAGCAGGAUCAACCUAAUUAAAAACACAAGGUUCCAAACGAACGGUGGUAUUUUUGGCCCGACCGCCCGAACUAACCCAACAGACGAGGUUGAGCAACCUUCUGCCCCGAGAGACCAUCGGUAUGAUGAGGGCGAUGUGGACCCGGCUGCCAUCUGUGGGUGGCCGACAUAACCGGCAAGUCGAUAGGUGGCCCUGCAUCAGGGGGAUGGGCCGUUGGGAAGGAUCCUACACCAAAGAGGAACAGCAACUCAUAUUGGACAAGCUGAACCGAUUGACAGACGAGACUAGAGCACUUAUCAGGGGGAAACAAGCCGAUAUGCUAAGCCUCUAUUUGAAGGAAAAGGGGCCGUUUAACAACUUAGAGGAGCUGCUCAAUGUGCCAGGCAUCGGGCCGAAAAUGCUGCGCAGCCUCUGUUCUAGAAUGUUGGAAACGGACAAGCCUGUUAAGAAGAAAACGACCAAGAACAAAGCCAACAUAAUAUCACCACAGAUUUCAUCCAAAAUCAACACUUUUGUGUCAAUCAACAUUAGCAGGAACGCGAUGAGCUGGUCGAAUAUAGACAGCAAUAAAAAAUACCUUUUAGGCUGGAAACUGCAUGAAAUUUUAUUCAACGAGAUAUCCACCAACAGUAUUUAUCCUGCAUUCACCAUGGCAAAAACAUGUGAAAAGGAAAUACCACCAGCAGACCUGUACUUAUUUGAAGACCCAGGGAUGUACUCGACCAUGUACUCGAAAGAACUCAACUUCCACCACUUCGCAUGCAUACUUGCCACCCUGCUUUGUGCAAGACAGGUGGAAUCAACCAGGCAGAUCAAUUUGGUAUUUAUAAAACCAAGAAUCGUCGAACGGCAAUUCAACACUUUAGUGGGAUCGGAGAAGGUCUCCCUGUACAACAUAGUCGACGACAUGGCCUCUCAGAAGGUCAGCAACAAUUACAGCUUGAUUUACAUAGACAGCAACCUCUAUUCCUACUUCAAAACGAUCAAUUUGUAUCAUAAAGAACACCUUUCAAAAUCGCUACUCCAAGGUAUAACCUUCAUAGACAAAGUCAUCAAAGUGCCAGACAUUGUGGAAAACUAAAAAUAUUACAUAGUUUUUAUGUCUAGUUUAUCUUUGUACUGAACAUUUGUCUGUGUUAACUUAUAACUUUAUAAAGGGAUUAUUUAUA